AUGUUGGAGAUGCUUGAGUACAGUCACUAUCAGGUGCCGUCCCAUCUCGAGAACCCCAACAAGUACCACAUCCAGCAGAAUCAGAGGCAGCAGGUUAGACAGUAUCUGUCAAACACUUUGGGCGGCAAAGCUGGAGCCCAGCCACCCGAACACGGCAUGCCGCCCGGGCCCGGGAGCAGCGCCCCCAACAGUCCCAUGGCUCAUCUCACCCUCACCUCUAACUGUGAGAAAGAGAUGGAUGACGUCAUUGACGAUAUCAUUAGCUUGGAGUCGAGUUACAACGAGGAUGUUCUCGGACUCAUGGAUCAAGGACUCCAAAUGAACAACGCGCUCCCCGUGUCCGGUAACCUUCUCGAUGUAUACGGAAAUCAAGGACUUCCACUCCCAGGCUUGGCCAUCAACAACUCCUGUCCAACCAACAUUAAAAGGGAAUACACAGCUCCUGGCAUGAAGCAAGUACUGGGCAAACCUGGACAGUGUGACCCAUAUGAAAACUAUCAGAGGCCUGACGGCUUUCCAGUAGAGGCUGAAGUGCGUGCUCUUGCAAAAGAACGACAGAAGAAAGACAAUCACAACUUAAUCGAACGACGGCGAAGGUUUAACAUCAACGACCGCAUCAAAGAGCUGGGAACCUUGAUACCAAAGUCAAAUGAUCCAGACAUGCGCUGGAAUAAGGGCACCAUUCUGAAAGCCUCGGUGGACUAUAUCAGGAAACUCCAACGAGAGCAGCAGAGGACCAAAGAGCUCGAUUGCAGACAAAGAAAGCUGGAGCAUGCAAAUCGUCACCUGUUGCUUCGUAUACAGGAGUUGGAGAUCCAGGCUCGUGCUCACGGUCUCAGCGUGGUGUCAUCCCCUUCUAUCUGCACCUCAGAGCUGAUGGGUCGGGCCAUCAAACAGGAGCCCAUGUUGGACGACUGCAACACGGAGCUCUACCACCACACCUCAGCUCCGGACAUGUCCCCUCCAACCACACUGGACCUCAACAAUGGCACCAUCACCUUCGACCCAAUCCCCCCAGAUUCUGCGGAACCCGGUCUGUACGGAAAUCCCAGGACCUGUAAAAUGAAGGAGUUGGUCAUGGACAACACGCUGUCACCAAUUUCCCCAGGCGACCCCUUACUGUCGUCAAUGUCCCCGGAGGGCUCUGUGAACCUCCACCACAGCUCCAGUUCAAUCUCCAGUUUAGAGGAGAAGGAGCACACCUGUUAGUUGUUUGCGCCUGAUGCUCACUGACACUUUGUAGCAUCUCAGCAAUGAGACACACCUUUUUCUGACGUCUUCGUUGAUUAUUUAAAAUGGUAUUUUGUUACUGUAAAUAGAGAUUUACAUUUAGGGCAGCACAUGACAAGAAUAUUCGGGUUGGGAUCAGAGUUCAAACAUCUGUGGCCUUUCUGUGAAGAGUUUGCACAUCCUAUCUGUCCUUCUGUAAGUUUUUUCUGGGUACCAUGGCUUUCUCUCACAGCACAAGAACAGCGAACAUGAGCGUUGAAGGUUGUUUAUCAAAACGUGUUUAGUCUUGUGAUUGAUUGGUGGUCAGCACAGGAUGUACACCACCUCUCAUACUGUAGAGAGGGUAGAAAGGGUAACAGCAGUGAAGCUGACUGAAUGGAUGAAAGUUUAAUAAUACACAUACUUGCCAACCCUACCGGAUUUUCCGGGAGACUCCCGAAAUUCAGCGCCUCUCCCGAAAACCUCCCGGGACAAAUUUUCUCCCGAAAAUCUCCCGAAAUUCAGGCGGAGCUGGAGGCCACGCCCCCUUCAGCUCCAUGCGGACCUGAGUCCGCUUUCCCACAAUAUAAAGAACGUUUACAGUAAAGCAGUCCGUCUGCCGUAAACAGCAAUGUUGUGACACUCUUAAACAGGACAAUACUGCCACCUAGUGCAUUUGAUGAAAGCACUUUUGUGCGUGCCACACAGCAAUGCAUAAUCAGAGAGGGUGUUCAGCAUGGUUAGAAAAAUAGUGACAGAGAAUAGAACA